UUUCUCGAUGUCUUUUAGGGAUAAAUUCAUGGCUACAGCAACAAUGGCUACUGCAGCUGGUGCAGCUGCUCUUUUGUACUACACGUUGAACCGUAAAUUGCAGACGCGUACGUCACAUGAUCAUGAUGAUGAUGACGAUAAUGGUGUUGCUGCAACCAGUGAUGCUCCUUUAGGUAUUGAACGUGUUUCACAUAGACUAAUUCAAGCACCGGCUACGUGGUUAGAGACAAUUUCGACUUUGUCUGAGACUCUCAGGUUUACUUAUUCAGAGACUCUGGGGAAAUGGCCCAUUGGGGAUUUGGCAUUCGGGAUCAAUUUUCUAUUGAAGAGGCAGGGAAAGUUGCAUGUUAGCAGCGUAUUUGGUGGUAAAGAUAGUAUACAACUUGAAGGACCUGAGAUUACUGCUGAACUCAGAUAUCUGCUGAAUUUGUUAACCCUGUGUUGGCAUUUUUCAAAAAAGCCAUUCCCUUUAUUUUUGGAGGAGACUGGGUUUACUGAAGAAAAUGUUCUUCUUCAGGAACCGAAAGCGGGAAUACUGAAGCCAGCUUUUACGAUAUUAGUUGAUCAUAAAACAAAGUGCUUUCUCUUGUUGAUUCGUGGAACACAUAGUAUCAAGGAUACUCUGACAGCUGCUACUGGAGCUGUGGUGCCAUUCCAUCACACUGUUGUCCAUGAAGGAGGAGUAAGCAAUUUAGUUUUAGGUUAUGCACAUUGUGGCAUGGUUGCAGCUGCACGGUGGAUUGCUAAACUUUCCACUCCUCGUCUUCUUAAAGCACUUGACGAGUAUCCUGAUUAUAAACUUAAGAUUGUUGGACACUCAUUGGGUGGAGGAACUGCGGCUCUUUUAACAUAUGUAUUGCGGGAGCGGAAGGAAUUAUCAACAACAACCUGUUUUACAUUUGCUCCAGCUGCUUGUAUGACUUGGGAACUGGCAGAGUCGGGGAAUGAUUUCAUUACUUCUGUCAUAAAUGGAGCUGACUUAGUGCCAACUUUCUCUGCUGCUUCGGUGGAUGACUUGCGUGCUGAGGUGACCGCAUCUGCUUGGCUGAAUGAUCUUAGGAAUCAGAUUGAGCGUACAAGAAUUCUUAGUACUGUCUAUCGCUCUGCAUCAGCUCUGGGUUCCCACCUUCCUUCCAUUGCAAGUGCUAAAGCAAAAGUUGCUGGGGCUGGGGCAAUUCUGCGCCCAGUUUCUAGUGGUACACAGGUGGUUAUGAAAAGAGCCCAGAGCAUGGCUCAGGCAGCUUGGACACGCCCUACGCUUAACUUGUCAUCAUGGUCAUGCAUUGGACCCCGUCAUCGAGCCUCAGCUGUUCGUUCAAACUCAAAAGAAGAGGGAGAGUUCCUGGAAUCUUCUACCUCCAAAACUGAAACUUCUGAACCUCUUCUUGUGUCUCCCAAGAAAAUCGCAACCAGAACUUCAAUGGAAAAUAUUCAACUUCCUGUCUCUUCUUCUGUUGGAUUGGAAUGGACUUCAGAAGUUGAGUCUUGUUCUGUUGAAUUGUGCCCUCACACUGAUGAAGAUGGUGAUCUUGAUGAUGGUGAAGACCUUAUGAGCCAUAAUUCACAUGAAGAACGCAUGACUGAAGUUGAAUUGUGGCAACAGCUUGAACAUGAGCUUUAUGAAAGAAUGGACGAUGAGGAUGGUGAUGUGGUAAAGGAAAUAAGGGAAGAAGAAGCAGCAGCCAUUGCAGAGGUAGGUGAAGGUCAAGCCGAGAGGUCUGCACCAGAAAUGAAGGAAGCACACAGGUUUUUUCCUCCAGGAAAGAUCAUGCAUAUAGUAACUCUUUAUGUGGAUCAUGACUCUAAAAGUGAUACACCGACCUCUAGCAACUCUGACUGUGACGAACCAGUGACAGAGCCUAAGGUUGGAAUUUUCCUUACCUCUCGGACGCUGUAUAGUAAACUGAGGCUGUCACAGACCAUGAUAAGUGAUCAUUUCAUGCCAGUAUACAGAAGACAGAUUGAAAAGCUAAUAAAAGAACUUGACAAGGAACAAGGUUUUGAUGACCCUAAUCACAAUGAGCACACUGAAGAGGUAGUUUUAUGGGAAAGUGAUCAUUCAACUAAUAACUUGUGAUAUAGCUCUAUAGAACAGCAUUACAAAUCUUCUCUUUGUCUGACUCAAAUCCCGGAACCACCAGAAUUCACCAGUCUUCCGGGCAUAUGAAAGAAUUUAACAAACGUAAGUCGUCUUUGGCUGUCCUGGGAAUCCUUUUUUGAUAGAUGUUUGGUAGGUCUCACUCAACCAGUAUAGAGUUUUGGAUUUUGUAAAGUAGAACUUUUUGGUACUUUUGGUUUCUAAAUGGUUCAUCAAAAGGUUGUAUGUUACCAAUUUGCUUUUUCGAUAAGCUUUUAUUAGAUUGAUUUAUUCUUGAGCUCAA